AUGUCAAAAUCAACAGCGUCUAAAAAAGGAUCAGCAUUGCGAACCGUCACUACGCGUCUGAAGGGUCUACAGACAUCAUUCGACAACAUACACAGCUUUGUGGAACGAUUCAACGAACAUGUCACAGCGAGUGAUGUACAAGUGCGUUUGGAACGCCUCGACAUCCUGUGGGAGCAAAUCAACGACACCAUCAAUGAGGUCUUAUCGCACAGUGACUUUCAUACGGACCCAUCGUCAAUAAUGGAGGAGCGGAGCCUGUACGAAAACCAGUUUUACGAUGACAAAUCAUUCCUCAUGGAUAAGCAUAAAAUGUUGCAGGACACACCAAUUCUGGAUCAAACCACUCGCACAAACACCUCCUUUUCUCAUGGUUCUACUCCGCAUGUCCGUCUUCCGCAAAUAACGCUGCCAAAAUUUAGCGGGAAUAUCGAUGAAUGGAUUAGUUUUAGAGACCUGUACACUUCCUUGAUUCAUUGGCAGGCGGAUUUGCCUGAUGUAGAAAAGCUGCAUUAUUUACGUAGUCAGUUGCAGGGUGAGGCAUUGUCUGUAAUCGAAGCACUACCGAUCACCUCUGCAAACUAUAUAACAGCAUGGGAACUCCUAGUUAAAAGGUACUCCAACCUCAAGGUCAUCAAGCGGAAACAGAUUCAGGGCAUUUUCGAUUUGCAAUUGUUAAAGAAGGAGUCAGCUGGAGAGUUGCACACGUUGCUGGAAAACUUCGAAAGAAUUCUUAAAACAUUAGAUCAGUUGGUACAGCCCGCCGACUAUAAGGAUCUUUUGCUCUUGCAUAUUCUAAGUUCAAAACUAGAUAGCAGCACUCGUAGGAGUUGGGAAGAGCAUACUUCAUCGAAGGACUCGGAGUCGCUCAAGGAUCUCACCGACUUUCUGGCUCGUCGGGUACGUGUGCUAGAAGCGUUGCCAUCCAAAGGGUUGGACCAGCGGCAUGACACCUCACAACCAAUGUAUAAGCAGCGCCCGUCUCAACAGCCACGUGCCAGUUAUAGCGCUGUUCAGCAGACCAGUUUUAGAUGUUCGGUUUGUUCAGAAAAUCACCCGCUAUAUAAAUGUACGGUCUUCGGGCAAAUGGCAGUUUCAGAAAGAGAAGGUGUGCUGCGAACUCACGCUCUGUGUCGAAACUGUUUCCACAAAGGCCACCAAGCUAAGGACUGUAAUUCAAAAGUGUCAUGCAGGAAAUGCAAGGCCCGUCAUCACACCAUGGUAUGCUUCAAGGCGCAUAGCGAUAGUAGAACGAAGAAUAAUGCAGAGUCUGAGGACGUGGCCUCCGGAAAAUCGGACUCAGGGGACGCUUCAGAAACAAGGCUAGCUCAUGUGGCGGUCGAUAGCAGUGUGCUUUCUGCUACCUGCAGCUCACGGAUUCCUACACCAAGGGUUUUGUUAGCAACUGCGAUGAUAACGAUAAAGGACGAUGCGGGAGUCAGCAUUACUGCAAGGGCAUUACUUGACUCAGGGUCUCAAUGCAAUUUCGUUUCUCGUCGCCUUUGUCAACGAUUUAAACUUCAGCAAAACAGGGUGCAGGUCCCUGUGGUAGGAAUUGGUCAAUCGGAAAUAAUGGCCAAAUACGAAGUUCAGUUGACUAUUUCAUCCAGAACUCAGGACUUCACCAAAUCACUGGCAUUACUGGUACUUCCAAAAAUCACGGUGAAACUUCCCAUUUCGGACAUUGAUAUAAAUGGAUGGAAUAUUCCUACGCAUCUGAAGCUUUCCGAUUCGGAGUUUAAUCGAUCCAAGCCAGUCGAUUUAAUUUUAGGCGGUGGUUCGUUUUUCGAUUUCUUUAGUGUUGGACAGUCUAUUGAAUUGAGCGAACGGUUACCGAAACUGAUUGAUUCUGUCUUCGGUUGGGUUGUAGCUGGAGAGUACAACACACUAUCCUACAAUUCGCCCAGAGUCUGCAAUACGGCAACAACCGCAACUUUGGAGGAGCUUCUACCCCGAUUUUGGUCCUGCGAGGAGAUCGGGUUGGCUGAAAGGAUGUCACCACAAGAAGCACGAUGCGAAGAACAAUUUUCAAGUACAGUCAAAAGAGCUUUGGAUGGAAGGUAUAUAGUCACGUUACCGAAGGAUGAGAAGGUCAUUGCGAAACUAGGUGAAUCCAAGGAAACCGCAUUCAAAAGACUGCAAGGAUUGGAACGGCGUUUAGGAAAGGAUCCGAUUCUUCGGAAAAGAUACGACGAGUUCCUGAUGGAGUACCUGAAAUUGGGACAUAUGAAAAAGGUGAAUGUCAACGAAGAUUGUCAGAUCAAUCGAGUCUUCUUGCCACAUCACCCCGUCGUGAAAGAAAGCAGUACAACUACCAAAGUCAGGGUGGUCUUUGACGCAUCCUGUAAGACCGCUACAGGGAUUUCGUUGAAUGAUGGCUUGGUAGCUGGACCGGUCAUUCAGGAUGAUCUUCGCUCAAUAAUAUUUAGAUGUCGAACACGUCAGAUCAUGGUUAUUGCCGAUGUCGAAAAGAUGUUUCGUCAAGUUAUCGUAGCAUCGGAUGAUAGAUGGUUGCAGAACAUACUUUGGCGAUUCGAUUCGAAGGAACCCCCAUCCACGUACGAGCUGACAACGGUUACAUAUGGUACUAAACCGGCGCCAUACCUAGCUACUAGAGCCCUGCAACAACUAACGAUAGAUGAAGCACACAAAUACCCUCUUGCAUCUAAAUCUGCCCGAGAGGACGUGUAUAUGGAUGAUCUUAUUUCGGGAGCUGACGACAUGGAUUCGGCUUCCGAAUUAUGCAGACAACUAGUUUCUAUGAUGGAUAAAGGAGGAUUCCACCUUAGGAAAUGGGCCUCUAAUUGUCCUGCCGUUCUUCAGGACAUACCCAAGGAAGAUAUGGCGAUACAGAACACCGCAGUAGAGUUGGACCCUGAUCCGGAAGUGAGAACACUUGGGCUCAUCUGGCUCCCUAGUAGCGAUUCAUUGAAGCUUCAUUUUAAUGUUCCCUUGGUGGAGGUUACAGAAAGGCUUACGAAGCGGAAGGUGCUCUCCAUAAUAGCGGCUCUUUUUGACCCAUUGGGAUUGGUUGGGGCCACAGUAACAAUGGCCAAGCUAUUUAUGCAACUCCUUUGGACCCUCCCUGGCGAAAACAGCGAUCGGUUAGAAUGGGACGACUUCCUCCCAGCUGCGGUAGAAUUAAAUUGGAGGAGAUUCCACGCUCAAUUGCCAGCUCUGGCAGGUAUACGCAUUGCUCGUUGCGUAAUGCUACCCAAAAUGAUUGAGCAGGAAAUUCACGUUUUCUGCGAUGCCAGCGAGAAGGCGUAUGGAGCAUGUCUUUAUUUGAAAUGCGUAGACGAAUCUGGACAGGUAAUGGUUUCAUUGAUGGCUUCAAGGUCAAGGGUUGCUCCCCUGAAGAGUCAAUCCCUUCCAAGGUUGGAGUUAUGUGGGGCCCUAAUUGCAGCAGAAUUAUUCGAUAAGGUUAGGGCAGCAACGAGGUUUGAAGGACGAGUAUAUUUUUGGACUGACUCCACGACGGUUUUACAAUGGUUGAAAUCUGUUCCCACCACAUGGACAACCUUUGUAGCUAAUCGGGUUUCAAAAAUUCAGAGUCUCACAGAAACUGCUCGGUGGUGCCAUGUACCAGGUAUUCAAAACCCGGCGGAUUUAAUAUCGCGGGGUAUGUUUCCAGAAGAAUUAGUUCUCAGCAUGCUCUGGUGGCAUGGGCCGAGCUGGGUGAACGAACCCUCCAAAUGGCCAGAUCAGCCGAAACUACCCAAGACACAGAGUAUAGAAGCUGAAAGGAAGCGUACAGUUGUGGCACUAGGGGUGGUAGAAGAUGGUGAUUUUUACAUAAGAUACUUCCAAUCGUUCUCCAACUAUACUGAUCUCAUAAGAAAGACAGCAUACUGGUGUCGGUACUUCAAGAACCUGAAGAAUAAGGUGGACGGAACGAACUUGCAAGUUGGUUUCCUGACCAGUGAAGAGCUGAAACAGGCGGAAUGGACACUAAUUCGACGAAUUCAACAAGCAGCAUUCGAAGGCGAAUGGAAAAUGUUGCAAAAGGGUAAAGGCGUAUCGCGUUUGUCGAGGAUAAAAUGGUUCAACCCAUUCAUCUCGAAGGAGGACCAAGUUAUUCGAGUGGGUGGAAGGCUUACUCAUUCGAGGCAAACAGAAGAAGCGAAACAUCCGGCCGUGUUACCUGCACGACACCAUUUCACACGGUUGUUGCUGUUGCAUUAUCAUCAGCGAUUACUGCAUGCGGGGCCUCAAUUACUUCUUGCGACAGUACGCCUUCGCUUCUGGCCUUUGGGUGGGCGUAAUUUGGCGAAAACUGUUGUGCAUAGCUGUAUUACUUGUUUUCGUUUUCGCCCAACGACAGUCCAGCAGUUUAUGGGUGAUCUGCCGUCUGCUCGCGUCACACCAUCUCGACCUUUUACUAAGACAGGUGUUGAUUAUUUUGGCCCAGUUUACUAUCGACCAGGACCGCGAAGGACCGCGAUUAAGGCUUACGUUUCACUCUUCGUAUGCAUGGCAACAAGAGCGGUUCAUUUAGAACUGGUAUCGGACAUGUCUUCUGAACGGUUCAUUCAAGCCUUUCGUCGGUUUAUUUCGCGACGAGGAAAACCAUCUGAUAUGUACUCUGACAAUGGGCGAAAUUUUGUUGGGGCACGGAAUCAAUUGUCGGAACUUAUACGGAAUUUACGAACGAAGGAGUACCAUGAGCCAAUUGCCAAGGAAUGCGCUGUCGAAGGAAUACACUGGCACUUCAACCCGCCCAGCGCACCUCACUUUGGAGGGUUAUGGGAGGCAGCCGUUCGCUCCGCCAAAACUCAUCUUCUAAAGGUUCUUGGCCAGACUCCGGUUUCAUUUGAGGACUUGCAAACGUUACUCAUGCAAGUUGAAGGUUGUCUCAACUCGCGGCCAAUGACAGCACUCUCUGAUGACCCUACUGAUUUGGAGCCGUUAACUCCGGGUCAUUUCCUUAUUGGAGCAUCUCUACAGGCUGCUCCUGAUCGGGAUUAUAGUGCUGUUCCCCUAGGACGUCUUCGACAGUGGCAAGCAGUUCAGCAAAGGUUGCAACACUUUUGGACCCGAUGGAAAUCUGAGUACCUAUCUCAGUUGCAAGGACGUAUGAAGCGUUGGAAACCUCCAGUGCCCAUAGAUGUAGGACGUUUAGUAGUUUUGCGAGAUGAUAACUCUCCACCUUAUCGGUGGUCACUCGGUCGUAUCCAGGAAGUGCAUCCCGGACCAGAUGGGAUUACUCGUGUGGUGACACUUAAGACAGCCGAUGGAUUAUACGUACGUCCAGUGGAGAAAUUAUGCCUAUUGCCAGAAAUCUCUGAGGAUAAUCCUAAUUGA